AUGCUUGCAGAGUCCAAUGGCAGCCCAUAUGCCGGCGGAGAUACACCUAAGCUCCGAACCGCGUGUGAAAACUGCAGGCAAUCCAAGGUGAAAUGCAACCUGUCUGGCAAGAGUGUCUGUACUCGGUGCCUGCGUCACGGCCUACAGUGCCAAUAUGGAUUUGCAAAUCGAUCCGGUAAACCAAAGGGUAGCAAGAACAGAGCCACCCUCCGCAAGCUAGGCCAGUUGCAAGAAGAGAAGUCCGCGAUGCGCAGCUUUCGAGGUAGUCGGCUCGUUGCCCCUAUGGCCGACAUGGAACCGCCAGUCGGGAAUAGCUAUGGCAGUCAUAUUCCCGACCCAGCAAUCGACAACGACGUCUGUUUGAUAUCAAACCAGCCAGGCUUCUGGGAAAGUCCCCGAAGCUUCGGCAACACAGCAACUCUAGAGUCAUCCAUCUGUCCCGGACAGUUGACGACAGUGGAGAGCUCUCCAUUCACAGAUCUUGUGGAUCCAUGUCCUGCUCUCCCAGCCGGCCUGGGAUAUCCACAUACGCCCGUGACGCCGACAUUUCUGUCCGGGGACCUGGCUGACAGCAUGGCCAGUCCGUCUCUAGCCGGCUCCGUGGCUUCGCCGUAUCCGAUCUCGCCAUGCGAGUGUGUGGACAUGCAGCUAUUCCACAUGGACCGGCUGAACCACCUACUCGCUGGAUCCAUGCCCCUGCGGCUGGACCACAGUCUGCAGACAAUCAAAUGCACAUUCUGCGCCUGUCAGAUGUUCCUGCAGUGUACUAAAUGCGCGAAAGACAGCACGAACCUGCUGCUCAGUAUUUCAGUGCUCAAUCUCACGCUCCAGCUCUUUGAGUACUGGGUUUCGCGGGAGACGUCUCGCGCACCGCGGCCAGAACAUGGCGUCGAUAUUCGCUACGGAUACUAUGAGAUCUGCCACGAGGAAAACAGACAGAUACGCAACUUCCUGCUCCGGGGUCUGUUGUUGCAGUGCCGGGAUGUAUUGCUGGCCCUGAAAAGCACUGCUAAUGCUGCCGACGUUCUGAUCUCCAAGUUGGACCAUGAAAGUUCAUCGGAAUCAAAGCUAUUAGAUGAGCACAUCGGUCACUGGUCUCCUGCGGAGCAUAUCGGCUUAUUUCCCGACUUGGAUAUUGAUAUUCCGAGCACACCCAGAAGUGAAGGGCUGCUUUCCAUUAUUGCAGGCUACGAAGCUACGGUGUCGGCAUUCUUACAGUCGACUUCAUGGGGAGAGUGUAUCUGUGGAUCUGGGCGAGUGAUGCAUGAUGAGUCUCUCUGA